CUUGUCUUUGUCAAUGUCAAGUUAACUCGACAGCGGCGAGUGAAAAGCUUGUGAAAAGAAAGAUAAAGCAAAGUGAGGUUAUCUUUUCUCCAAAAAUUUUAACGUUUCACCCGGCUUCCUUUAAAAAUGGCUUUAGCCGGUUUAUUACGUCGUUCUUUAGUAAAUGGUACACUUUACUCAGCAGCUACUCUUCGUUUCGCUUCAACUCAACAAGAUAAAAAGGUAUUUCUUGAUGUGACUGCAGACGGUGAUUCCUUAGGUCGAGUUGUAAUAAAGCUUCACACUGAUAUUGUUCCUAAGACAGCGGAGAAUUUCCGAGCUCUGUGUACUGGAGAGAAGGGAUUUGGCUAUAAGGGCUCAAUAUUUCAUAGAAUCAUUCCUGAUUUCAUGUGUCAAGGAGGGGACUUUACUAACCACAAUGGUACUGGCGGAAAAUCUAUUUACGGGCGUAUAUUCUCUGACGAGAACUUCAAAUUGAAGCAUACUGGAGCUGGUAUUUUAUCCAUGGCUAAUGCAGGCCCUAAUACAAAUGGGUCUCAAUUUUUCAUAACCACUACGCCAACUCCGUGGCUUGACAAGAAACAUGUGGUUUUUGGCGAAGUUGUUGAGGGUAUGGAUGUCGUGAAAAAAAUUGAGAGUUUUGGCACUAAAAGUGGCAAACCUUCAAAAAAGGUUGUUAUUAAAGAAUGUGGUGUUCUUGAAGUUGACCAAGCUAUAGAGAGUGUUCAGUGAUACAAAUAAAAAUAAUGAAUUUAUUGGUACCUACUUUCAAAGAUUAAAAAUAAAAAAGUUUUUAAAAUAAG